GACACUCGUCAAACAGAAGCAAGCGAGCAGGAUCUCGGUCUUACAGAAAGCAGCACAACCGAGUGCGCAGGGGAAUACCGGAACGUUUAAAGAUGUGUUCGCCGCUGUAUCGGGACCGAAAACAGUGGGAUGCUCGGCAGAUUCACGGAAUUAGUUGAUUGCCUGCUGUUUGUGAGAUGAGACUAAUCUCUUUCGCGUUAAGGGGGGUAGCUUUAUCAUCAGUGUGGACAUCGUUGUAUUAAUAUAAACGUGUGCGGGUGUUUUCUUUUAUCUUUAAAGAACACAUUGAAGUAAAACAUCGGAGUCGUACUUUGUUGAACCAAGGACAAUCACAGGGAACAACUGUGUUCUGACUUCCAAAGGAUUCACAGUAUCUGUGCACUAUCGGGCGAAAGGCAAACGACAAGCGGGGUCGCUUGUAGGUCCCGUUAGGUUCGGUGUCUCGGAAAUAACAUUCUUUAGACCGUCGAUCUCAAAUCCCCUCUGCAGGAAUCAUCCCAGUUUGGACAUUUAAACAGAGUUUGUUUCCGAAAGUUUGUUUCCCAAUUUUUCUUUUUUACGGCAAGUCCAAAUCGCACGAAUCGCGAGGAAACGGAGAGAAUAGCGAAGUUGAAUAGUCAAGCAUUGUUACAACCGUCAACCGGGCUUGUGCUGUGGACACCGACGCCUCCUCUCUCCGCGACAGGCUAUGUGAUGACAUCCGUAGCUUGGCUGAGAGAUUUCGAACCGUUCUGAAUCUCUUGUGCCUCCUAAACGGAACAUAAAACGCCCGCUCGCCCGCUCUUUCGUCUAUGUGGGGCUGCAGUUGAUUGUGCGUUAUGUACGAGAGCGUGGAUGUCGUGGGACUCGGCGCUAGUGCGAACCCGUUUCUGACCAUGGAUUACUACCACCGGAGCCGUGGCUGCUUGAUCCAGGAUAAAGGCCUCGUGUCAGGGGCGCCCCGUCCAUUCAACGCGUCCGUUAGAAAUCAACACUGGAACGGAUCUAACCACUCAUUAGAGACCCAGAGCAGCAGUUCGGAGGAGAUUGUCCCCAGCCCCCCCUCUCCUCCCCCCCCUCCCCGGAUCUACAAGCCCUGCUUCGUGUGCCAGGACAAGUCCUCAGGGUACCACUACGGCGUCAGCGCCUGCGAGGGCUGCAAGGGGUUCUUCAGGAGAAGCAUCCAGAAGAACAUGGUGUACACGUGUCACCGAGAGAAGAGCUGUGUGAUCAACAAGGUGACCAGGAACCGCUGCCAGUACUGCAGGCUGCAGAUGUGUCUGGAGGUCGGCAUGUCUAAGGAGUCUGUGAGGAAUGACAGGAACAAGAAGAAGAAGGAGGAGAGGAAGGUGGUGGACCUGAGCACCGAUAUCUACGUUCUCAGUCCCGACACGGAGCAGAUGAUCGAGCGUGUCCGUAAGGCCCACAAGGAGACCUUCCCAUCGCUCUGCCAGCUGGGCAAAUACACCACUAACAACAGCGCGGAGCAUCGCGUGGCUCUGGAUGUGAAUCUCUGGGACAAGUUCAGCGAGCUCUCCACCAAGUGCAUCAUCAAGACGGUGGAGUUCGCCAAGCACCUGCCUGGCUUCACCACCCUCACCAUCGCAGACCAGAUCACCCUGCUGAAGGCUGCCUGCCUGGACAUUCUGAUCUUGCGUAUCUGUACUCGCUACACGCCGGACCAGGACACCAUGACCUUCUCAGACGGUCUGACCCUGAACCGGACCCAGAUGCACAAUGCUGGCUUCGGCCCUCUGACAGACCUGGUGUUCGCCUUCGCCAACCAGCUGCUGCCCCUGGAGAUGGACGAUGCUGAGACCGGCCUGCUCAGCGGCAUCUGCCUGCUGUGUGGAGACCGGCAGGACCUGGAGCAGGCCGACAGGGUGGACGUUCUCCAGGAGCCGCUGCUGGAGGCUCUGAAGAUCUACGUGAGGAGGAGGAGGCCUCACAAGCCACACGUGUUCCCCAAGAUGCUGAUGAAGAUCACCGACCUCAGAAGCAUCAGCGCCAAGGGGGCAGAGCGCGUGAUCACGCUGAAGAUGGAGAUCCCAGGCUCCAUGCCCCCCCUCAUCCAGGAGAUGCUGGAGAACUCCGAGGGCCUGGAGGGUCAGGGGGCCAGUGGGAGCAGGGGGGGCGGAGCCCCACCAGGAAGCUGCAGCCCUUCCCCGAGCCCCUCCCCCAGCCCUAGCUCCGCCCACAGCAGCCCCCCUCCCCCCUCCCCCUGAGCAGGGCCGAGCAGCACCACAGCGCCCUCUGUGGGCCAGACCAGGCUACUGCAGACGGCAGAGCCAGCCUACUGACUCUCUCAGAGACCCGGGCUGGAGAGGGGGUGGGGGGGCCGGCCUGGGCCAGACCCGGACCAACCCAGAACCAGGACGCACCUGAGUACGUCAGGCCUUCUCAGACAGAACUCUGCCAGUCCCUGCUUCAGCACUUCUCAUCUUAGACCCAGGCCGGGCCACAUCCUGGGGUUAGAACCAGGGUCAAGACUUCUACCUGCAGACUAGACCAGGGUCAGAACUUCUACCUGCAGACUAGACCAGGGUCAGAACUUCUACCUGCAGACUAGACCAGGGUCAGAACUUCUACCUGCAGACUAGACCAGGGUCAGAACUUCUACCUGCAGACUAGACCAGGGUCAGAAC